AUGGCGAUCCCACACGGUUCCGUACAUGCUGACAUCUCCCAUGAGAAGGGGAUGGGCGAAGAAACUAUGAUGGCCUUCAUCCACAAGCACCUGAACAGUAUUCUGCAGCCGUUUGCUGACAGCGUCGACGAGUUGAACGGUGUAGUAAGCCAGAUGGCUGAGACAUUUUCGGGCCACGAGAGGCAGCUGCAGGACCACUCGCAAACCCUGAAGGUGAUGAAGGCGGACCUGAAGGCAACCAAGAUGAGCAUGCUCGAAGUCAGGGAGAACCAGCAGAAGCAGUUCGCUGAUGUGGACUCACAGCUUACAGCUGCAAAAAAGGACGCGCAGAAGGUCAAGGACGAUGUUUUCCAGUUGGACCGCCGCCACCGAGAAAGCCAUUCAAUGAUGUUGGAUGUGAAGCGGAUAAAUGGCGCAGCCGACUUGGAAGUACGGAGGUUGGCCGGCGAACUCGCGAAGCUUGAUGACAUGGUGGCCAAACAGGUGAAUAUCGUUUUGGAUCCUGUGCGAGCGGAAGUGGCAAGAGCUGCACAGGGCCAGUGCAGGACAGAGGAGUCUUGUCGCAAGAGCGAAGAGCGAGUUCAGCAGCAAAGGGAGGAGCUGGAUACCUUCCUGGAAAAUCACGGCCGGCAGCGACGUCAAGAGGAAUUGAGGAUCAAAGCAAUCCUCAAGACGAUUGCGGAUUUGGAUCACAAGCUGGGUCAAACCAAUGCGAACCUCAAGCAGCACGUGGCAAGUGCGAAGGGCACGAGCGAGGAGCUGUCUAUCUUGACACGCAGGCAUGAGCAAACCAUGCGGAUGCAGGUCGUGCAAGAAAGACAGCAACAAGAGAGUAAUGAGCGUCAAGCAGUCUUCACAAACAGGCUGGAGGGCUUGAAGGCUGACAUCCAGAAUGUCAUGGAAAGCCUUGGCCUGACCGAAGGAGCUGCCAACUUGGUGCUGACGGUUGAGCGCCUGAAAGAAGCAUCCGCUACACACAGCGCGAGCUUGAACGAGCUCCACGAUUUGUGCAACACGCAGGGUGAAAGUAUUUGCGCAUUGCAACAGCGUGCGGAUGCCUUGCAGCAGGCUGACGUCGUGCUGCAGCAGGAAGACAUGCGUCUAGAAGCCAGUCUGGGGAAACGUAUUCAAGAGUUGCACGAAGACUUACAAGGCUUUUGCCAGAAUGAGGAGCGGGACCGGGAUGAAUUGAAGAAAGAGACUGAAAUCAGGGCUCGACAGCACGAGGACUGCAUGACAAGAAUCCGCUGUCAUGAGGAGGAGAUUGGCAGGCUAAGCAGCCAGCUCAAGCCGCUUGAAGCCGGUCUCGAGAUGUACAAAGCGAAAGUUCAAGUGCUUGAAGGAGCAGGUUGGCGGGCUGAGUGGAACUAUGGACCUGACACAGGACGUCUUCGCUUGAAGCAUGACAGGCAACGCGUUUUUCAGAAGCUGGCUUCGAAGGAGUACUGGAAGGGUCUGACAAGAGGAACGUAUGCCGUUAAAGACGCCGCGCUCUGCAAAUGCAGAGGGCACGCUUCCCUCAAGGCCGGCCCAAGGCCCGUGAAGCCGAAGGCUUCCGAGGAUCCCUGGCUGUCGCUGCAGAAGCUCGAGAACGAGGGUUCGCAAGGGCGCUCCGUCGUUCUCGAAGCAGAUGCCUUUCUCAGCUCCUUUGCAGCGCAGGCUGCAGCGGCCACGCCAAGCCCCGUACAGCUGCCGGCUACCAGCCCCAAAGCAGCGCAGUCGAAGCGCAUUCGAGACGUCCGUAGCUGGCAGCCACAGGUGCCAAGGUUCGACUCCUCCAGAUUAUCGGAGGAGGCCGCCAAUCUGGAGAAAAGCCCCGUGAGGAGGCUACGACACAUACCAUUCAGGACCUCAGCCGAAGAUGAGGCCGACGGCAAACUGGCUGACGUGCGCGCGUGGAGGCCGAGUCUGGUCCGGUGCGAUUCAAGCACGCUCGAGGAGCCUCACAGAGACGGGCAGGCGGAGGCUGCUGAUCAAUCACAGCCCCGGAUCUUGCGCGACUCGGCGGAGGCCGGCUCUGAAGCUGACUUGAGGGGCAGCCCAGAGGCGCUCUCGGCACCCCUACCGCCGGCGAGCACGCCAGAAGCCCACGAGGUUUCUGAUGCCCUGCCAGCCCCUUCGCCUCCUGCUGGCUGA